CAAAACAAACCAAAAUGGCGCCUGGACAGUGAAAGGCUAAAAACAGACGAAUUCUGUUCUCUUGUGUGCCAUAAACCAUUCAGAUCUCUUUUUGAAAAUGGAUAACGUCGGGGAUGACGAACUGGACACCAUAAAGCUGAAAUCCAUCAAGGACAAUAAAACAUUCACAGUGCCUCAAAAUGACAGGUUCGGGAGCUGCCGAAGUGUCAGAGAGUUCGAGAAACUCAACCGAAUCGGAGAGGGGACCUACGGCAUUGUGUACCGAGCCCGUGACACCAAGUCGGACGAAAUUGUAGCACUGAAGAAGGUCCGAAUGGACAAAGAGAAAGAUGGGAUCCCCAUCAGCAGCCUCAGAGAGAUCACGCUGCUCCUCAGGCUGAGACAUCCCAACAUCGUGGAGCUGAAGGAGGUGGUUGUGGGGAGCCACCUGGAGAGUUUGUUUCUGGUGAUGAGUUACUGUGAACAGGACCUGGCCAGUUUGCUGGAAAACAUGCAGACGCCAUUCUCUGAGGCUCAGGUGAAGUGCAUCGUGCUUCAGCUGCUCAAAGGCCUGGAGUAUCUCCACCACAACUUCAUCAUCCACAGGGACCUGAAGGUGUCUAAUCUGCUGAUGACAGACAAAGGCUGCGUCAAGAUCGCGGACUUCGGGUUGGCCAGGAUGUACGGUAUCCCCCAGCCGCCCAUGACCCCCCGAGUGGUGACGCUGUGGUACAGAGCUCCGGAGCUCCUCCUGGGGACCAAAACGCAGACGACAGCUCUGGACAUGUGGGCGGUGGGCUGCAUCCUGGCCGAGCUGCUGGCCCACAGACCUCUGCUUCCCGGGACCUCCGAGAUCCAGCAGGUGGACCUGAUCGUGCAGCUGCUCGGGACGCCCAACGAGAACAUCUGGCCGGGCUUCUCCCAGCUUCCUCUGGUGGGUCAGUACAGUCUGAGGAAGCAGCCCUACAACAACCUGAAGAACAAGUUCACCUGGCUGUCCGACGCCGGACACCGACUGCUCAACCUGCUCUUCAUGUACAACCCGCAGCGCAGAGCCACUGCCAAAGACUCCCUGGAGAGCUCCUACUUCAAAGAGAAACCUCUGCCGUGCGAGCCGGAGCUGAUGCCCACGUUCCCGCAUCACCGCAACAAGCGCGCCGGCCCCCCCGCAGAGAGCCACUCCAAGAGGAGCAAAGUGUGACGGGCUGGUGGGGGAAGGGAGGGGGGUCAGGUGUCACUGUGGGACUCUGUGGACUCCCACAAAGUUCAGGAGGCGAUGGGAUCUGAGGAGGACUGAAGCAGCACAAUGUGGAUGAAAGGCCCACAAGCUGGAAAUGCACCAACCAGAGGAUAAAAUGAGAUUUAACUUCAUGUUUCUGCUCUAACGAAGCAGGUUUGGUCCUAAAAAGGAUCAUUUUCUUACUUUACCUCAUGCUUUACGCGACCUGUUUAACCAUUUCCGUUUUGUUUCCAUCUUAUAUUCUCUCUUAUUUUCUUAAUUACUAUUUUUUAAAGCUAUUUCUUCUACUUUUUAUUAAGCUUUUGCGGAUGAGCUUCUUCAGCUUUUCACCUACUGGUCCUCUUGAGUUCAGAUCCUUCACCUUAUUUUUUUAAAAGGGAAACAGGCUAAAAGCAAAGAAAAAGAAAAUAAAUUAGCUUUUUAAAUCAAAGGAAAUCAGAGCAGAAACAUAAAGUUUGGUCGCACUUUGUUAUUUAGUUGGUUCAUUAUUUAUUUUCUUAUUUGAGACCUUUCUGUAUUUCUGCUUGUGCUGUGAACUCGGUCAGUCCUUCGCUCCUUUAUGGAUCCGCUGCUGAGGAGGGCUUAAAGCUGCACAGCCUGCAGAUGAAGCCCAGUCUGUGCUGCUCUGUGCACAACAAAAACACUGUUCCCUCGUUUUUUUCAGAUUUUUUUUUAGCCUCUCAGUGAUGAGAAAAUCGACUAAAUCCGACCGCUCGGCGACAAAUAAGACUGUAAUGACUGAAACAAAGAGCGGCCCAGUGGGUCUAAAGCUGCUCUGAGCCGGCGGUUAACCGGUCUUCAACCCCAUCAGCUCAGAUUUGAAGGCGUCUCUGUGAGCGUCCACGUCAGACUCGCCCCAAAUCUGCUCCGGAUCAACUUUAAAAAUAAACACCUUUCAGAGAACGCCGUCUCUGG